GAGAGGAGAGAGAAUUUGUGAACUCUAUUCAGUCCCCAAAAUUGGCUCUUUUUCUUUCAAUUUCGAAUCCUUCACCAAACCCUAAACCUAAUGGCCGUUUCGAGCUUCGCUAGGGCAUUUCCGUCGUUCGAGUGCCGCUCCGAUCCCGAUUUCUCCCUGCCGGAGAUUCCUUCAGCCGGUUACUCUGCUGGAUCCAAAUCCGCGGUCCUCCGCGGUGCCGCCGGAGGGUACGGCCUCUCGUCGCCGAUCCUCAAGUUUCCUCCGAAUUUCGUGCGCCAGCUGAGCGUCAAGUCGCGGAGAAAUUGCAGCAACAUUGGCGUCGCACAAAUCGUCGCGGCAUCUUGGUCGAACAACCAUGGCGCGCCGGCUCCCACCCCGGCGGCUACGGCUGUUGACGCAGCCGCCGCCGCCGCUGCAGCACCGGUUGAGACCGGUGCUGCGAAUGGGGUCCUUCAUGCGAAGGAUCCGUGCUGUGAAGGCGAAAACGUCCAGAUUGACGAUUCGCCUAAGCAUAAAUACGCUUCAUUUUUGAACUCGGAUGGAAGCGUUGCGAUUCAUGCUGGUGAAAGAUUGGGCCGCGCCAUUGUUACUGAUGCAAUCACUACUCCAGUAGUUAAUACAUCUGCAUAUUUCUUUAAGAAGACUGCUGAUCUCAUUGACUUUAAGGAAAAAAGAGCUACCAGUUUUGAAUAUGGACGCUAUGGGAAUUAUACUACUCUUGUUGCAGAGGAAAAGAUAAGUGCACUGGAAGGGGCUGAAACCACACUUCUGAUGGCAUCUGGAAUGUGUGUUAGCACUGUCAUGUUGAUGGCACUUGUUCCUGCUGGUGGGCACUUAGUGACUACAACUGACUGUUAUCGGAAGACUAGGAUUUUUAUUGAGAACUUUCUUCCCAAAAUGGGAAUCACUGCCACUGUCAUUGAUCCUGCUGAUAUUGGAGGUCUGGAGUCGGCUUUAGAGAAGAACAAUGUCUCAAUUUUCUUUACGGAGUCUCCAACAAAUCCAUUCUUGCGAUGUGUUGAUAUUGAGCGAGUCUCGAAGCUUUGCCAUGACAAAGGAGCCCUGGUUUGUGUGGAUGGGACAUUUGCCACUCCUUUGAACCAGAAAGCCUUGGCUCUAGGCGCUGAUCUUGUUGUACACUCUGCAACUAAAUACAUUGCUGGUCAUAAUGAUGUCCUUGCAGGGACAAUCAGUGGUCCUGAAAAAUUGGUCUCUGUUGUUCGUAACUUGCAUCAUGUACUUGGCGGUGCUCUUAAUCCUAAUGCUGCAUAUCUGAUCAUCAGAGGAAUGAAAACGCUGCAUCUUCGUGUACAGCAACAUAACUCGACAGCACAAAGGAUGGCCGAGAUUUUAGAGGCACAUCCCAAGAUCAGGUGUGUUUAUUACCCAGGCUUAGCUAGUCAUCCAGAACACCAUCUUGCCAAGAAGCAAAUGACUGGUUUUGGUGGAGUGGUUAGUUUCGAGGUUGAUGGGGAUCUGCACAAAACUGCUAAAUUUAUUGAUUCACUGAAGAUUCCAUACAUCGCCCCUUCAUUUGGAGGUUGUGAAAGCAUUGUCGAUCAACCUGCUAUAAUGUCAUACUGGGAUCUUCCCCAGUCAGAGAGGGCUAAGUAUGGUAUCUUGGACAACCUGGUUCGCUUCAGCUUUGGAGUGGAGGACUUUGAAGACCUCAAAUCUGACAUUCUUCAGGCUCUGGAGAUGAUAUAAGGCGUCUGCUCUGCUGCUGAUUGUCUUUUUUUAUUUUGGUCUGUCUUUCUACCUUGUUUUCGUCUCCGGCUUCGAUUUCAAUUGGAACCUUCAACUUCUCAGUGCUCAUGGUUUAGAGAUACUUGAGUUUUCCCCCCCUUUUAUUUUGUGGUGUAAUGUAAUGCUGAUGUAGCUCUAUAUGUUCACCCGAAGAUUGUUGUUCAUUAUAUUAGUAAUAAACUCUCUCGUGUGAUAUAAUCACCGCGGUUAUAUA